ACCCCGUCGAAGGGAUCGCUGCUCCUGCCGGGGAUGCCGGAGAGAUGCCGCAGGCGGUUCCGCGGCACCCAGUACGAGGUCCGGGUGCCUGGCGGCCGUUUCCACACGUGGGCGAAUAACCAUCUGCAUCGGGCUCGGACAGUGGCCGGCGUCAGAAGCGCAAUCAACGACAUCAGAAAGCGCCUUCGGGAGCGUAGAUCCCGAGCUUCCGCCGCGCGCGCCUUGAAGGCGGCCGCGGCGAGGCACUGGCACGCGCCCCGGCGCAGUUCCGGCGGCCCCUUGCGGCCAAAGGCCGGUGCCCGCGUGAUCGUGUCCGUCGCCCGGAGGAAUUCUGGGCGCGGCCAGAGCGUCCACGACAAGAAGCUCUCCUUGGCCCUUUGCCGCGGGCCGAUGCGGAAGGCGUGCCGCGCCGACGACGUGCUCCUGGUGGUCACGGCUGCGCCCUCCGAUCGGAUCAGGCCGCAGGCAUACAGGGACGCCGUCGAAGGUCUCAAUGGCGAGAGGGCCCUGGUCGUGGCCUGCCUGGCGGACAAGAUGCACCCGGCGGCGACGUACUGCGCCAAGGUCGGCUUGGGCAGGCCAGACUGCUGGUACCGGAAGGCCACAAAGGGCGACAAGCACACGCACGUGGAUGCAAAGGGGAACGCUUUCGCGGUCCGGUCGCGGUUUCGCGCCGCGGGGGCAAAGGACGACCACAGCUUUGGCUCCAACGACCUCCACAAGGUCGUGGUGUCCACUCACUACCUCAUGUCGGCCACCACGCUGGAGGUCAGAAAGGACGUGAUCAGCGUCUUCAGCGCCCUCGUCCGUCUGGCUCCACAGCUGGGCGCGGACCAGCAGAUCACAGAGUACGCGGAGAAGCACCCCCGCUUCUUCGAGCUCCUGGUCGAGGGCUACGCCCGGCCGGAGGACCCGCUGCGCUGCCCGGGCGCGCGGGCUCCUCGUUGGCAUCAUGGGUCGAGCAGUGGCGAG